AGGCCAGAUGAGGAGAGAGUGCCUGAAAACAUCCCACGGGGGGAGGGGUGAGGGGAGGUAUACAGGAAGGAUGAGAGCUGUUUGGCUCACACCGACAUGCUGUGCUGCUGGAGGCUGUUGUGUGCACAGGAUUUACAGGAGGGCGGUGGAGGCUUGAGUGUUAGUUUGCAUGAAGACAGAAACUGGCAGUGAAGCAUAACUCCAACAAGUCAGACAUGAGAGAGGAGUGCCAGUUUGUGUGCAAGAGUUCUCAUGACAUUUGCAUGUCAUGGAUGAUGUGUUAGAGGGAGCAGCUGUGGUGUGUGUGUGUGUGUAAACUGGCCUGCAGUCUUCUCUUCCUUCCCAUGGUCACUGCUUCUCUCAGCGCAGUCAGCUUCUGCUGCAACUGCCUGCUGCUCUUCACAGACCUCGUAGUCACAACCUUCCUGGUUGUACUCUGGUUUACAGAGCCCUGGCUACCUCAAUUUUCCAUGUCCACUGAUGUCAUCGCCCUGCGCUUCCUGCUCUUCCUCAGCUACAUCUACUGGGCAGUGCUGCUGAUGACCACACCUCUGGUUGCUGUGGAGACGGCCAUGAGGUUGCAGUGGCCCCAAGUCUGUGGUGGCGGAGCAGUGGACGGAGACGUUGACAAACAGAGUAAAAAUCCUGCACCUCAUGGCGGUGUGACACUGGAGGUAGAGAACUGGCAGAGCAGGGACACAGACACCCAGAGAGGAGGGAGAGAGGACCAGGACCAGGGAAGUUGUCUGUCCCACAUCAUUGGCUUCUUCUGCUGUCUGCUGGUGUGGGCUGUCUGUGGCAUCUGUGGGGGUCAGGGCUGGAGACUGGAGGUGCUGUGGGUGGAGGUCUGCCUGGAGAGGACCAGCUCCCUCACUCUGUGUCUCCCUAGCCUCCCCAACACCGUCCUGCUUGCUCUGGGUGAGCCCAGCUGGGGCCUGGCCACUGUGACCUUGGCUCUCCUGCUGGUGCUGACGGUGGGCUGGGGCUUUCUCAGAAGACACCUGGCCCACACAGAGACGGACCCACACACACCCACAACCACACAGACACACAAGGAGGAACAUGGUACUGACAUUCAACUGCCCGUUCAAACACUCCCUGCACCACGCAAGGCUAUGAAACCUGUGAUGUCAGUGGCGUCAGCCCCACGGUUUGUUGACACAGAGAUAACAUGGUCCAGAUGCUCCGUUCACAGCCCAUGUUCUGGGAACAACAUGCAGCUGUCACUGGGUCACCAUGUCCUCUUAUCCCUGGAGUUUUUGUCAGCAGACAGACUAGAGGGACACAAAGAGAAAAAGGACUAGGAGACAUACCUCUCACUGGUAUUGUGGAGGAACACACAGACAGGAGCCAGCAUGGGCUCGGGCGAUUUCCCUGCCUGGGGGUGAAUAUAAUGACAGGGUUAAUGUGUCUGCUCACUGUCUGUGUGUUACCUCUAAACCUGUGAACAUCCUACUAAUCAGGCACACAGAGACAAUGCUGCAGUGGAGUUUGAAGAUCUUAAUGUAGUUGAUAAUGUAAAUUCAAUCAUUAAGGAGGUCUGAAAGGCUUGCUCACUUUAUCUUCAUCCACUAAGCAUAAUAUAUCAUAUUGUUUCUUCUCUAUGGGAUAGUUGGUAGCUAUUUUCAAACAAUUUUCUCCCAGCAGGAGGGUCUCGAUGCCCCCCCCCCCUCCCCACACACACACACACACACAGGGAUGGCCACCUGCCAUCAUAUCAUCUGGCGAGACUAUCCCCAAAACAAUUUUAACACAUUUUCAUAUUGCACUUGGUCUUUGUUGUUCAUUCAGUUAGCCUGUCCUCGAUUGAACUGGCUGCACCCAAAGAAGCUAAACAGAGGGGUCUCUCAGUCAACGUAACAUCGGCAUAAAGUCAGUGUACUGGACAAUAAACCUGGAUGGUGUUAGAUAAUGAGGUGUGGCUUGGGAAUGGCAAAGGGGGGUGCAACUCAAUAUUAUAUACACUGACUGAAUAUACACAGAGUAUUCCACACAUGAUUUCAUAGUUUUGGAUCGACUGACCUUCAUGUCUUAAAGUAAUGAUGAACUGUGGUUUCUCUUUGCUUAUUUGAGCUGUUCUUGCCAUAAUAUGGACUUGGUCUUUUACCAAAUAGAGCUAUCUUCUGUAUACCAACCCUACCUUGUCACAACACAACUGAUUGGCACAAACACAUUAAACAAUUCCACAAAUGAACUUUUAACAAGGCACACCUGUUAAUUGAAAUGCAUUCCAGGUGAAGCUGGUUGAGAGAAUGCCAAGAGCGUGCAAAGCUGUCAUCAAGGCAAAGGGUGGCUACUUUGAAGAAUCUACAAUGUAGAAAAUAGUACAAAUAAAGAAAAACCCUUGAAUGAGUAGGCGUGUCCAAACUUUUGACUGCUACUGUGUGUGUAAUAUAAUACAUAAAUAUAUAACUA